ACUUUCGUGGCUUCACAUUUUGCCAGUAUGGAGGUUCCAUAUACCUCUCCCCCUGGUUUGGGUUGAAAGGUGCACUCUGAUUGGUUGAGGGCUGCAGGCUUCGGUGUCAGGUGAUGCAGCGGCAGAGACCCACUACUUUACUCCCUUUUUCCUCCGUGAUAAUUGGUCGCUCCUCAACCCGGAUGCUGUGCGUGUGGUUUCGUUAUCCGUAGGUUUAGCCUCAGUAAAGGGAAAUUAUUUCCAUAUUUGCUUGAAGCAGAAGCUCCACAGGGGCAGGUGGAACAUAAAUCAUAUUUAUUAAAAAUAAAAAAUAAAAACCGGAAGAGUUUCAUGCACUCUUCUGCACAGAUCGUGACCAGCAGCUCCGCCGUCAGACGCCGAGGAGGAGACAGGAAGAAGGAGGAGAACGGGUGAGGAGCAUCGCUACCGAGAGAGAUGGCGGAGUGCGGGAGGAAGGCGCUGUCUCUCCUGGAAGCGGCCCGCUCCCGGUAUGAGAGCCUGCAGAUAUCCGACGACGUCUUCGGCGAGUCCGGGGAUGACAGCAGCGACAACCCCUUCUACAGCACCUCCGGGGACUCCGACUCCGACAACUGCAUCGCCGAGGUGGGAGAGGAGCAGCAGCCGCAGCACCAGCACCAUCAUCCGAAGCGAAGCGGGAAGGAUGGAGCGUUCGGUGGGGGAGCCGGGGGGAGCAGCGGCGCGGGUCCUCCGGGCUGUCUGUCCCACACGCAGGCGGAGGAGGAGGGCUGGACGGAGACCCUGCAGGAUGUCACCGUGCCGCCCUACAACGAGACACAUGGCCCCGCUCAGAAGAUGCCUGCCACUGCCACAGCCUUGGACUUCUUCCAGCUCUUUGUUCCAGACAACUGCAUCCAGAACAUGGUGACCCAGACCAACAUGUACGCCAAGAAGUUUCAGGAGCGUUUCGGCUCGGAUGAAGGCUGGCGUCCCGUCACGGCCCAGGAGAUGAACGCCUUCCUGGGAUUUGUCAUCUCCACCAGCGUUCAUCGCUGCGAGUCGGUGCUCAGCAUCUGGAGCUCGGGCUUCUUCAGCAACCGCAGCAUUGCUUUGAAGAUGAGCCAAUCCCGCUUUGAGAAGAUCCUCAAGUACUUCCACAUUGUGGCGUUCCGACCAUCUCAAGGAAGCAACCAGGGCCUUUACAAGAUCCAGCCUUUCCUGGACUUGCUGCAGCAGUCAUUCAGCUGCACAUUCAGACCCUCGCAGACACAGGUUCUUCACGAGCCUUUGAUCGAUGAAGACCCAGUGUUCAUCACCACCUGCACAGAAAGGGAGCUGAGAAAGAGGAAAAAGAGGAAGUUCAGCCUCUGGGUUCGGCAGUGUACCUCCACUGGGUUCAUUUGUCAGAUCUACGUGCAUCUGAAAGAGAACCAGGGUGCAGACGGUCUGGCUGCACUGAAGAACAAACCUCAGCUCCAUAGCCUCGUGGCUAAGCAGCUGUGUCAUAACAUGUCUGGCAAGAACGUCAUCAUCUUCACAGGACCUUCCAUUACAAGCCUCAGUCUCUUUACUGAAUUCAGCAAACAAGAUAUCUAUUGCUGUGGUUUGCUGAGCACCAGGAAAAGCGAUUGCACUGGCUUACCGCAGAGCAUGCUGGUGUGCGGCUCCACACCAGCGCAGCGCGGUCAGUCACGCGUGAUGAUGAAGGGCACCAUGUCCCUGAUUAGCUGGUACAACAAGGGACAUUUCAGGUUUCUCACCAACGCUUAUUCCCCAACAAAACAAGGCAUGAUCAUCAAGAGGAAAAGUGGGGAUAUACCAUGUCCGUUGGCCGUUGAGGCUUUUGCAGCACAUCUGAGCUACAUCUGCAAAUAUGACGACAAGUACAGCAAAUACUUUAUUUUCCAUAAACCCAACAAGACCUGGCAGCAGGUGUUCUGGCUGAGCAUCAGCAUCGCCAUCAACAACGCGUACAUCCUCUAUAAGAUGUCCGACGCCUACGCGGCCAAACGCUACAGCCGGGCACAGUUUGGAGAGAGACUGGUCAGAGAGCUGCUAGAUGUCGGCGACUGUUCCCCCACCCAAUAAGGAGGAAGAGGAAGCUGAUGAAGACAGGAGCAAAAACACCAAUACAAUCUCCUUGGGUUUAUUUAUUCUCACACAUAAGGGCGCCAGAAUCUAUGUCAAUGUGAUAAUAUAGAAGCAGUGCCAAGCACCUGUUCUUUUUUUUAAUUUAUUUGUUUCCUUUUUUUGUGGUCGUGUAAAUAGUCACUAACACACAACUGCACACCAUGCAAUAACAAUGAGCCAUGGGGGUAUUGAAACGCCUCUCAAGAAAUGACUGACACACUUUUCACGGCAAAUUUGUCUGCAGGAAGCAGAACGACGGAAGGAGAAGGGAACUGAUGAAGAUUUCUCUCACAACUGAUGUCAAGUUAAAACUAAAAACGAUGUGCAAUUAUUUUAACAUCAGAUGUGUCGAGUCAAAAGGCUACAUGUAGCUCAGUCGUUCCACCCUGCAAAAACAUCAGAAUUCUAACACACUGCAUGCAUCGGAAAUCUGGUUUUUGGUGUUUAAUUGUCUAAGUGUGAAAAAAAUGUCUGCUCCAGGUGAGUUGCUAAAAUGUGUAUGUAUGUGUUUAGUAAGUGGAAUUUUUUUGGGCGUGAUAUUGAGCUUUAGGAUGUAAAUGUAUGGCAUUUGUGAACCACAUGUGUUGCUGCACACUGUGUUUCUCAUAAGGUGAUUGUAAGUUGUGACAAAAACAAAAACAAAAAAACAUGGAAAAGCUAGUAAACCUGAAAAACACUCCCAUAAAAUUAGGGUCCUUUAAAAAUGGUUCAAAAAUCUGUUAUCUUAUCAUCAUUCACUUAAUGUUCAUAUUUAAGAGCAGAAAAUGACCUUCUGUGUUGCAAGACAACAAAUCCAGUCAUGACCAUUGGGAUUUGUUUGUGACGAUUGUGUCACGACCGUGGAGCGCUGCUGGAAAAUAAACAAGACCAUUUCAAUACAAUUGCACCUUAUUUUACAAAGUAAAAUCAUAUUUCUUACCUAUAUGAAAUCAAUCUAUUCAGAGAAAUCAGUUUCUUCCUUUGCAAUUCUUGAAAUUGGGUCACGGAAGCUUUGAGACAGCUUUGACUAACGGGCACAUAAUUAGUCAAUGACCCUGAACCUUUGGGUGUGUCAAAUCUUUGAUCUUUAGACAUGCCUCACCUCGGUGGCCCAAAUCGAAGGGGGAUUAAUCCCUCAAUCUGUGACCAAGCCACCACAUCAUGGAUCAACCCUUUCUCAACCACGACCACUGGAAGCUCUCUGGGAAUCUUUACUUUUGGCUCCUCUCCACUGCAACCCUAUUCCAUAGAGGAGCCUCAACUUGUUCACCGUGGGAAUAGAAGCUUUGACGAUUCUCAACAUGUGCUCGCUUUUAUCAGCAUGGCUUAGUGUGUAAAUAUAUAUUAAAAUAAUAUGAAGGCGUUUAUUGAGUGAUUCCCCUGCAGGACUCAUGCACUUCCUCUCCAAUCACAGUCUUGCACUUUGAUGACACUUUUUUUAGAUAAUUAUUUUACUUUCGACUAGAGAUAUGAUUUACACUGUUCUUAUAGAUCAGGUCUGUAAAUAUAAUAGAUUAUUGAGAUGGUUAAUAUAUGUAAAAUCAUAUCAAUGAAGUAAGGUGGAUGAUUGUAACCAAAAUAGAAGGGAUAUCUAUCAGAAUUAGAGUGCAGGUAUGUGUUUUGUUUACAAAUCACAGUGAAUAAAUGUCCACGUUUUCUUUGUUUGGGAAAGUCAAGAUUGUGUUCAUUUUUGCUGAUUUCAAAUAUUUUAGUAAUACCGAACAUUGCUGUUGAUGUUGUUGCUCCUGUGUGUGAACCACUGAAUGUGUCUAACCACAAGUCCUUGCAGACUAACACUGUUCAUCUUCGGAUGCACGUCAGCCGUGUCACACGUCACCUUGUGAUUUUAAUACAACAUUUGAUAACAUGUUACACAAUUGUCAUCACAGUUGGUUUUAAGUUGUCUGGACUUUGUUGUUAACAUAAAAAUACAGCAAAGACCAUGGUA